UCGCCGCAGCCGCCGGCCCCGCCCACCGAGACGCCCCGCCCACCGAGAGGCCGCGCCCCGCCCACCGCGCCAGGCCGCGUUGCUGGCGGAGCGAAGACGCCGGGGACUCCGGGCACUGCGUAGCUUCCGGCGUCGGCGGCGCAUGGCGGCCCUAGGACAUCCUGCCCGGGAGACACCGGCGACCCCAGGCCCAGUGCAGUCCACGGGCAGUGACGCCGCUUCCAGGGCGCAUCCCGCAGGCGGCGAAGGCGACGCAGCCUCUAGGAAGCAAAAGAAGAAGAAAGCCAGGAAUAGGGCCUCUGCGUCUAAUGGAGGCGGGAAGGCCUUGGAAAAGCCAGUCCCCGAGGAUGCCCCUCUAAGCAAGGAGGCCCAGGCGGAGCAGCUGGCUCGGGAACUGGCCUGGUGCGUGGAGCAACUGGAACUGGGCCUCAAGAUGCAGAGACCCAACCCAAAACAGAAAGAACAGGCUAUUGGGGCCAUCCGAACCCUGCGCAGUGAAAGAACCCCUCUGCCCCGGAAGAGGCAGCUCAUGCGCUCCUUGUUCGGUGACUACAGGGCUCAGAUGGGAGCUGAGUGGCGCGAAGUCCUGCGAGAUCUCAGGACUGCAGCCCGCUCAGCCCAGGUGCAGCCUGUAGGUGAGGCCACCAGAAAGAAGAGCGGAAGGGUCUGCAGGCCUCGCCCAGCAAGGGCAACCAAGGCCACCUCGGACACUCCUGAGGAAGAGUUUAGGUUCAAUUUCUUUUAGCCUUCCCCCGACCCCGGAGGUGUGGGGGUCUGUCUUGAGUGCAGAGCCUUACCAGGAAUGCUCUGUCAGACAGAUGUGGGGUCGGUCCAUCCCUGGCUGGCCAGCUCAUUCGGUGCCGUGGCUGUCAGGUGUCUGUGAGACCAGCAUAUCGAGUCCUGUGCCCCAAGCAGAAGACCCCAUUUGUGGGAUUUCAGAUGAACGGUUCCUGCUGCUGGAAAAGGGGGUCCUUUCAGAAAGGCUCCUGCAGUGCAGGGAAGUGUGAGCAUGUGGCAGGAGCAACAUCUUGCCCGGAGUUCAGGGUUAGACCGAGUGGCUGAGGGUGAGUGGGGAAGCAGCGUGAUUGCGCAUUGGCUCUCCAUGCGGAGAGGGUGUGCUGUCACUCACUGUGGUGCUUUGUGCUGCCUUGUCAUGGCGCCGUAAUAAAACCGUUUCAUAAAAUA